AGGUCAAUUGGAUAUGUCCCUCAGAGGCUGGAACCUCGCAAUGGUGGCCCAGGGUGUCCUCUGGAUCCUGUUUGGAUUGCUGCUGCGGCUGGAGCCUGGGACAGCGACCCUGCCCCUGCUCAUGGACUCUGUCAUCCAGGCCCUGGCUGAGCUUGAGCAGACGGGACCAGCCACCAGGGCCAGGCACACUGCUUCUGCGUGGCAGCUAUUAGCCCAGGAGUCGGAUCCCCAUGAUCUUCUCCACCACUUCCUGCUGGAGGGGCGGAGUCUCAAGACCACCAAGCUGGAUCCCCACCAACUGAGCCCAGAGCUUCGAGAUCUAACCAAGGACGUGGCCCAGCACAGUAUUCGGGGCAGGCAGGAAUAUGGAGUUGUGCUGGCACCAGAUGGCUCAACCGUGGCUGUGGAGCCCCUUUUGGCGGGGCUGGAGGUGGGGCUGCAGGGGCAGAGAGUUGUAAACCUGCCCUUGGACAGCACAGCCAGCCCUCUGGACACUGGAGCCACCUUUCCAGACACUGAAGUCAUGGUUCCCGAUGUAAGAGCCACAGCUCCAGGGCUCCAGGAUGCCCUUCCAGACAUCAUCUCUGCAGAUGUUGGAGCCAUGCCUUCAGAUGUUAGAGCCGCAGAUCUAGAUGUCAAACCCACCUCUCCAGGUGUUAGGCCUCACUCUCCAGAUGUUCCAGUCACCUCUCCAGAUGCCCAAGCUUCCUUGCCAGGUUCCAGAGCCAAGUCCCCAACCACGGUGGACAGACUCCUGGUGGUCACCCUGGCCAGAGACCUGGGUCUGGCCUUCCUCCAGGGCUCUGAGACCUGGAGUCAUUCAGGCCUGGGAUCCGAGGGUUGCUGGGACCAGCUAUCUGCCCCCAGGACCUUCACACUCUUAGACUCCAAGGCAUCGCCAGUCACCAUGGCCUUCCUCAAUGGUGCCCUGGAUGGGGCCCUCCUUGGAGAUUACCUAAGCCGAACUCCUGAGCCCCGGCCACCUCUCAGCCACCUACUGAGGCAAUACUACGGAGGAGCCGGGGUAGCUGGAGAUCCAGGACUUCGUAGCAACUUCCGACGGCAGAACGGAGCUGCUCUGACUUCAGCCCCUACGCUGACCCAGCAGGUGUGGGGGGCCCUCACCCUGCUUCAGAGGCUGGAGCCAACACACCCUCAGCUUCGGGGCAUGGACCAAGAACAGCUGGCCCAGGUGGCAGCCAACGCUACCAAGGAAUUCACUGAGGGCUUCCUGGGGUGCCCGGCCAUCCACCCCCGCUGCCGCUGGGGCGCAGCGCCAUAUCGAGGCCACCCGAAGCCGCUGCAGCUGCCCCUCGGGUUCUUGUAUGUACAUCACACGUACGAGCCAGCGCCACCCUGCACGGAUUUCGUGCACUGCGCGGCCAACAUGCGCUCUAUGCAAAGAUUCCACCAAGAUACUCGGGGUUGGGACGACAUUGGCUACAGUUUCGUGGUAGGCUCCGACGGCUACGUGUACGAGGGCCGCGGCUGGCACUGGGUGGGCGCGCACACACGCGGCCACAACACCCGCGGCUUCGGCGUGGCCUUCGUGGGCAACUAUACUGCAGAGCUCCCGGCGAAGGCUGCGCUUCACCUCGUGCAGGACGUGCUCCCUGGCUGCGCAGUGCGCGCUGGCGUCCUGCGGCCAGACUACCAGGUGCUUGGCCACCGCCAGCUGGUGCGCACCAACUGUCCUGGCGACGCGCUCUUCAACCUGCUGCGCACCUGGCCGCGCUUCGCUGCUAAUGUGAAAACAAGAACAGCCAGGAGGGCAUCUAGAAGAUCCAAAAGGAAGCCACCUCCCAUGAUCCUGCCAGCCACAGACCUCCAAUAAAGAGAUGGUGGAAUGAAA